AGCAUGUCAUCACUGUAUAACAAGAGAACUUCCACAGAUAUCCCUGUUCAGUCAGAGACUAAGAAAGCUUAUUUACAGAGGCAACCUGAUAAAGGUGUGAGUGAUGGGAAAAAGAUGUGGACCACAGAAGAACGGACAGUAGUCAAAAACUAUUUUAUGAGAAAUAUCAGAAUGUUAAAAGUUUCUGGAAAGAUUGAAUGUACUAACUGUCUGAAAGAGAAUCAAGUACUGGCCAGCAGGUCAUGGAAAAACAUAAAGUAUUGUGUGUACAAUCUGAUAACAACAUGUAAAAAGCAAUCAAAGUCAAAACUAAAUUAUUCUUAACUCUUGCUACAGGUCUUCUGUAUGCCAUUUAGUUGGUUGGG